CAGUAGCAGUGUAGCACUUCUCCUUCAGCUUCAGUCCUUCUCCAUUUCCUCCAGCAGACUCCAGCCUCCAGCUGUCCAGCAGGCAGCAGCAGCAGCAUAAAGACUAAAGAGAGUUCUCUUCUUCUUCCAUAAAUCCAUAGUGUUUUUCUUCCAUAAUCCAUACUUAUUUCCAGCUUUCAUUGAGUAUAUUAUUUGAUAAUUUGAAAAUGCCGAGAGGGGGAUCUGAUAAACCAAGUCAAGAUAUUGGAUGGAAUUUUGCCACUCCUACAGGAAAAAAAGGAGAAAUGACGUGUAAUUUUUGUGGUAAAAAAAUAACUGGGGGGAUAACUCGUUUGAAGCAGCAUUUGGCAAAUAUACCAGGGCAAGUUGCUGGUUGUCAAAAAGUUUCUGCUCAAGUAAAAAAAGAUAUGGGAAAUAUGUUGAGGGGUUUUGAAGCUGCAAAAAGAGAUAAAGCAAAGAGGGCAAGGGAGUUGGAAGAUGAAAUCAUGAAGAUGACAGAAGUUGAGGGUUCAGAUUCAGACGAAGAAGAUAUUGAACUAGAAAUUGCUAGACGUGAAAGCAUGCGGCAGUUUGACGAAGAUACUUAUAGAAGGAGAGCUUCUCAUUAUGAAAGUGGUGGGAGUAGCCAUCAAGCUCCUCCUCGCUCGGGAAUUAGUCGUUCAGCGACCGUUCGUGAAAGAGGUAGAGAAGCAUCAAGAUAUAUUGAGCAAACAUCAACACCUGCUUCUAGAUUAGCAGCAGCUGAAAUUGAAAUAGAAAAGAACAGAAGUCUGAAACAACCAAAGAUUAAAACCAAAUGGCUUAAGUCACAGAAAGAAAAGUUACUUAAAGCCUUUGGUAAUUUUGUUAUCCACAACAGAUUACCUUUCAGUGUGGUUGAGUCACCAUGGACAAAGCCAUUACUCAGAACGGCCGCUGAAGUGGGACCUAAUGUAUCACCACCUUCAGCAUAUGAGAUCUCUGAAGUAUAUUUGAAAAAUGAAUACAAAGAAAUGAAGAAAUAUAUUGCUUCAUUUGAGGGCAUGUGGAACGAAAGAGGAGUUACCAUUAUGUGUGAUGGAUGGAGCGGACCAACCAGAAUGAGUAUAAUUAAUUUUCUAGUCUACUCUCCUCGUGGAACAGUGUUCCAUAAAUCCAUAGAUGCAAGUAAUGUUGAGCGAAAAGAUGGAGAAUAUUACUUCAAGAUCAUGAAGGAAGUGGUUGAAGAAAUUGGCCCAAGCAAAAUUGUUCAAGUAGUGACUGAUAAUGAAGCUGCUAUUAAAUCUGGUGGCAAAAAGUUGAUGGAGAAGUUUUCAAAUUUGUAUUGGACAGCAUGCAGUGCACAUUGCAUUGAUUUAAUUUUAGAAGAUUUUGGAAAGAGGAAGAAUAUAAAGACCGUCAUUGAGCAAGGAAAAGUUAUCACCCAAUUUAUUUACAAUCAUAAUUGGGUGGUAAAUUACAUGAAGAAAUUCACUGAUGGUCGAGAUAUAAUUCGCCCCGGGAUUACUAGAUUUGCAACUAAUUUUAUUGCAUUGGAGAGUCUUCUUCGAUGUAGAACGGGGUUAAGAAAUAUGUUUGAAUCCGAGCAAUGGAUAGGAAGUAAAUAUGGCCAGGCUACCAAUGGACCAGCUUAUGAAGCUAAGAAAAUUGUUCUUAGCUUAGAUAGAGAGGGAAGAAAUUUUUGGGAGAAAGCCGAGCAAAUUAUGAAAAUUCAAGAGCCAUUGCUUAAAGUGUUGAGAUUAGUGGAUGGUGACGAAAAACCAACAAUGGGAUUUAUAUAUGAAGCAAUGGAACGAGCAAAGUUGGCUAUUAAACAAAAUUCCAGAAGUUACAUAGACUACUGGAAAAUUAUUGAUGCUCGUUGGAAUUUUCAAUUACAUCAUGAUUUGCAUGCGGCUGGAUAUUUUUUGAAUCCUCAAUAUCAGUAUGGUCCACACGAUAUUGGAAAUGAUAGUGAAAUUAUGGCAGGCCUUAAAAAUGUUAUUCAAAGGCUAGAGAGUGAUUUGGUAAAUCAAGCCAAUGCAUUGAACCAAACACAACUUUAUAAGCAUAAAAUGGAGAGUUUUGGAUCAGCCUUAGCACAAAAAGCCAUUAAAUUCACUGAUCCAGGUAAAAAUAUAAGAUUUACACAUUAUGUUAUAUUUUUAGUGUUCUAAAAU